AGCAUUAAUUUGCCAUUUUACUUCACUUUUUCUAAUUAUUUCAGUAUAGCAGGAAUUAUGUCGAACGAUAGCUACUUUUCAGCUUCGUCCAAUAACGGGGACUUGGGUUAUAAUGGGUUCCCGGUUUCCAUCAACUAUUUCACUGCAGUUCCUGAUCUAAUGGUAAUUAAAGAUGCAAAGAUGGCAAUCAUCUUUAAAUCUUUAUUAAAGAAAGAUUCCAUUACAAAAGAAAAGUCAAUGAUAGAAUUACUUAAUUUGAUAUCAAAUGAACCUAGCUCAGUCCAAGAAGAUGAAUUACUAGUGAUUUCAUGGAUCCAAUUAUAUCCUAAAUUAUCCAUUGAUAAUUCGAGAAACGUCAGAGUUCUAUCUCAUCAAAUCCAGGGUCAACUUUUGAAUGUAAUCGGUGGGAAAAACUUCAGUAAAUAUCUUAAAAGCUCUUUACCCAUAUGGGUUGCAGGGUUAUUUGAUAAUGAUAAGACAGUUUCAAACUCUACAAUGAAAACUUUGCUCGAGGCUUUUCAAAAUGAUCUGGACAAGGUCAAUAACGCAAUUUGGUUUAUUUUCACUGAUCCAAUUCUUAACUAUAUUUCUACGAUUGUCUUGUCCGAAACCCAUGAGUCCUUGUCUGAUAAAAGAUAUGUAAAAGAAGCUGAUUCCAAUUCAAAAUACGAGAGAGUUCUCAAUAGUGCAAUUAUGAUGCUCAUAAAACUUAUACAAUUGUUUAAUACGGACCCAAGUAAGUUCAAAAAUGUUGAUGAUCUAACUGUUCGAGCUGAAUCUCUUUUAAACCUGGACAACUUAUGGGACUAUUUAGGAAAAUCCGUCGAGCCAGAUGUUUCCAAUUUGACAUUGUUCAAUAACUAUUUAGUUUUACUAAAGGCCUUGUUCAAAUUGACUCCUGAAAAAGAAGCAAACGGGUUUUUGAAAAGCUUGGAUGAUGUAAAAUCAGUCUACAAGACAGUAUCAAAGAAAUUCAUAAAACAUGUUAAAUUAAAACCUUCAAACAAAUCUUCAACCGGUGGAAUAAUCUUCUCAAACGUGAUUUUGCAGUUUUGGGACACUUUAACAGUUUUAACCUUAUUUGCUCAAUUAAAAUCAGAAUCUAAGUCAAUCAAAAUCAAGAAAAAUUUCUGGGAAAUUGGAGGUAGUAAAAGCUUUUCUAGAUUAACUGAUUAUCUCAAGUUAGGUCAUUGCCAACUGAGUCCUAUUUAUUAUGCGGUAUUAAAAGCAUUCUUUACCGCUCUUGCUGAUUCUCAAAUCAAAUCAAGUGAUGAUUAUGAAUUUUUGGACUUCGGUAAUAAAAAAGAUGCCGGAUCUAUUUUCAAAAUUUUGAUUUCUCAAUUCAAAAGUUUGACAAGCUUUGAAUAUAAAUUUCAAGCAAUUUCGGCUUCGGUUCAUAUCUAUAAAAUAUUUUACGAGAAGACUGAAAACAAAGAAACAUUGUCGAAGGUGAAUAUUAGUCUUUUCGAAAAUAUUCUCGACAUGUUGAGUUCAAGAGCUCUCAGGGAAUCUGACAAGAGAUUCAAGAAAGAAUCUAUUUCAUCUUUUUCACAAUUUUUAUCAAAUAAUGCUCAAUUUUUACCUUUAUUAGAGGGCUUCAAUGAAAGUAUUGUUGAUGUUUCUACUUCAGAGCUGGAAAAAUUCCUCAAAAUCAAUGAUUUUGAAUUCGCAAGCUCUACAUAUAACAUUGCAUCAGUUUACUUAGAUAUUCUCGCGUCUUUUAGUGGAACUAAAGGUAGUCAGUUUGCAAUUAAUAUAGUUGAAAAAAUUAUAGAUGGUUUACAAGAAAAUAGUGCUUUGAUUAAACCCGUGCUUGCUUUUGAAAUUUUAAAGCUCUAUAUAGACAAAAACUUCAAGCCCAAUGAUGAUUUGAGAGAACAUUUAUUAGAAUUUAUAGAACAGCUUCCCAGCUUCAUCAAUCCGGAGUUUACAUCUUUACCUGUUGAGUUAUUUUCUUCUGUCAUUGAUCGAACAGGGUUUGAUAAUUUGGAUACUGAAGUUUUAAUUGAUGACUUUUUCACAAAGAUCUCCUCUGAAAAUAAAGAUCAUUUAGCAAACUUUGUCAUCAUGUUAGAAGAAAAGAAGAAAUUGAAUUUCAAAGACAAUGAUCCUAUUUUCGUUUAUGCACAGAACUUGUCCAAAAAACCACAACUCACUGAUCAAGAAUCUAAACUCAUUUAUAAGUUCACCAAAAAUAAUCUUAUUUUUAAAAAUUUGGUUCAAAGUGUUUCUAAUGAUCUUGGAAAUGCUCCAGGUUUUAUAAGACAUUUUGUGAGAGAUUCAGGUUCAAUCUCUAUAGACGAAGCUGAUAUUCAAACUCAGACAUCUCUUAAACUUAUCUUUUCUACUAUUUGGCCAAGGAUUGAAGAUUCAGAUUACCAAAAAUUCGCAGAAUUGGCACAAGCCCCGGGUACUUUACACCUUCUCGUGGAAUCGCUCUUUGAAUAUAUUCAUGAUUCAGAAACAGAUGCAGAUUUUACGAAUACCGCUAUUUAUUUGAGCAGAAACUUUCAUAUUUUCCCAUUAGAAAAAAUAAAAUAUUGCCUUUUAAAAGCCAUUGAAGGUAUUGAUAUUAACUUGUUAUCCAUUGCAAAUCCAUUAUACCAGAAUAUUCACUUAAUUUCUGAUGCAGAUUGCACAUUAAGGCUCGAUCGUUCGCUCCUACCAAUUGGUAAAUUUCUUCGUACUUUUUUGGACAUCCAAGAAUCUAUAGAGUUCAGCGAUGAAAAAGCUAGCAUCAUCAUUGUUUCUGGUCUCGUUAGUGAGUAUUUGACCGACUUGAACUUUUUAGAUCAAAAAACAUCCUCUGAAAAUGAGCUUAUAUCUGUUUCUCAUUUAUUGAAUCAAAAAUUUUUAAGUUUCUUCGACAGCAUAGAACCAUCAACCUUGAGUGGAUUCGUUAAUGGACCUGCUUUUAAUGAUCAGUCUAGUUUACAAUCUAGUAUGUUAUCUAAUUUAGCUGAACAAAUUAACGUCAAGGAUGGUUAUACAAAGGAACACUUUUAUAAUUGCAGACUUUUAAGAUCAAUUUUAGACAAAUUCUCGAACAAUAUGUCUCUUUCAAAUUUUGAAUCCCUCAAUAUCGAUUUGAAUAAAUUAGUUUCAUAUCCUUUAAAAUGUGCUGCGGUCCUCGUUGCUUUUUCCAAAUUUACUACUGAAUCUACAAAAUUUGAUAGGAUAAGAAACUUUGUUGCUGCUGAAAUGUUAGGAGUCAGAUCCGAAGAACAUAUUCUUACCCAAGGAUUAAAAUGGCUUACCUUAAGUAUCAAUUUUUUGAAUGUCGACCUUGAAGACGGGGAAAAAUAUGAGUUCAUUCCUCAGCACAGAUUGGCCAUGGUUAUUAAUCAAAUUUCUAAAUGGUUGGAAAGCGAUAUUGCUUAUGAUGAAUCAUUUAUUGUAAUGAGAACGCAAAUUUCGAGAUUAUUUACCGGCUUGCUUAAAUUAAAUUCAUCUUUGCUUCCAGAUAAGUUUUGGGAAUUGGCUAUCAACCUAUGUCAAGAUAAUAUAAGCACUGCCCAAGUUGAAUAUGCUCAUAUUGACUUGAGGCAUGCAACUUUCAAAUUAUACAUGAGUUUGGAUAAAUCGUUCUAUAAAAUUGAAGAUUCCUCGCUUUGGAAGGAGUCCAAGUCCUCUAUUGUGGAAGAACUCCUUGAAUUGGCUACUAAUGAAGAAUUGGUUUCAGCUGAUCAUAAGCUCAACAAUAUGCCUGUUCUUUUGAGUAAUGAACUUUUGAAUCGAUUACUUAUCAAAGAGCCUAUAUCUUUAUCAACUAUUAAAGAGAAAAAAGACCAAUUUUACUCUCUUUUGUUUAACGCUAAGUACGUCUCUUUACAAAGGAUAGGUACCCAUUAUUUAGAAAAGUUGAUUUUAGAAAGUCAGCAAGAUUUCGUUGUUGAAUAUCAACUUAGAAAAUCAAAUUUGGGCAAGUCUGAGUCUGAUGAAGACGAUAAUGUCAAAGCACUUCUUCCUCAACCUUUAUGUGAGAGCCUUCAAAUAGAAGAUGCCGAUAUAGAAGAUUUUUUUGUUGACGAUGUCCCAGAGAAAGGCUUCAAGUAUUUGUUUAGUUGGCUCUUGGUGUUUUCUCAUUUUAAAGAUGUUACUUAUUCGAUUAGAACGGAAUAUUUAAAUCAAUUAAAACAAUUUAAUGUCAUUGAUAAACUAUUUGACAUAAUAUUCAGAGAAGCUGAUGUCUCAAAUACACAAACAUUAAAAUCUUUCACCAAAUCAAGGAUUGUUAAGAGUAAUGCUAAAAUUGAAAUCUCUGAUAACCUCAUUCAAGAAUAUGCUGUUUCUGAAGGAUAUCCAGGGGAGGAUGCUUUAGUCGAAAUGAGAUUCUUACUUAUCCACUUAUACUAUUUAUCCUUCCAAUAUCUUGGUUCAUAUGUUCAGUCAUGGUUUAACUCUAUAAGAGAUCGCUCUUUGAAACAAAAGAUAGAGAAAUUUUCGGUUAACUUCACUUCACCUUUGAUUAUUAGCAAAAUCUUAGAACAAAUUUCUAAUUCCAAAGAGAAAUUAAUUGGAAACAAAGAUAAUAUGACAAUCAAAGUUAAUACUGUUUCAAAUGAAAUCAAGUCAAUAUAUGUCAUCGACGAACAGACGAUGGAGAUGAUAAUCAAAAUUCCACCAUCAUAUCCUUUGGCAAGUGUCACCGUUGAAGGACCUUUACGCUUGGGUGUGAAAGAAAACCAGUGGAAGGCAUGGUUAUUAGCAUCUCAGAAAAUCAUAUCCUUGACGAACGGUUCGAUUAUUGAUGCGAUUGAAUUGUUCAAUAAAAACGUUGAUUUACACUUUUCUGGAUUUGAAGAUUGCGCAAUUUGCUAUUCCAUUCUUCACCAAGAUCAUUCAUUACCAUCAAAGACUUGUCCAACUUGUCUGAACAAGUUUCAUGCAGCAUGUCUUUAUAAAUGGUUCAAAAGCUCUGGUGCAAGUAGUUGCCCAUUGUGCCGUUCUCCUUUCAACUUCAGAGUUUCAAGAAGUUAAGUACAAAGAAACAAUUAAUAUCCUACAGUAUAUUUAUGUAAAUAUAAAUACAUUCAACUUUAAU